CAUGCUCAAAAUCUCGAAUAAGUCAAGAAAAAAUGAAUAAUUGGAAACAAUAUAAGUGAUUGAGAGAUGUACAAGUAUGAAUAAUUGUUUAAUUGUGUAGAAAUAAUGAAGGAGGAUCGUUUAUAAUUGAGGUAAAUGGUAAAGGAUGAAAAUGUGAGACUCAUUGAAUUAGUUGCUAAAUAUAAAAGAAGAAAUGAUCUCAAUGAUUUACAAUAAGAAUUAAGAAAGUUCCUUAAAGAUAAAAAAGGAUCACCUGAAAAAAUACAAGGGGCUCCUAUUAUUUUAAGGAAAGUAAAAUCAAAGGAGAGAUGUGAAUGGAAUACAUCAAUGAGUUCAAAUCCAUCAAUAAAAUCACCUAGUAGAUCUAAUCUAGAUUUCAGAAAGAAAUAAAAAGAUGAUUAAUCACACAAAAAAAUGGAUUCCUUUAAGAUGCAUGAAAAAUUGGAUAGUCAAAUAGAAAAUAAAGAAAAUGAUGAAUUUAAGAUACUUGAUGAAAUAUAAGAAGUUAAACCAUAAGAAUAACAAAUUGUAUUUAAUACAGCAAAUUCAAUCGUUGAUCCAUUUUUUGAUGAUCUGACUCCUGUCAAAAUGGAAUUCUAAACGAUUGUUUCAUAAGCACCUCUAAAUUAAAGUGAUUAAAGAAGUGAAUGCAUAUUAUAAUAUAAUGUAGCAGAAAUAUAGUAAUAUAUUCAAUAAGAUAAACAUUAUGUUUCAAAAGAGACCUACAUGAUUCCUAAAUUAAUAAGUCUAAAUUAUAAAUAAAUAGCAAAUACAGAAUAUUAAAAUUUAUUUACAGAUUGGAAAAAUAUACUCACUCCUUAAUAACCUACUUAUCAUUUAAAAUAAGAUAAUGUUUAUGAAUCAUAAUUAUAAAUUGAAUAAGAAUAAUCAAAAUAAAAUUUAACGACUCUUAAAACUGAACCAUCUUAACUUGUAAAGAGUUUAGAAAUUAGAGGUGUAACUGCUGAAGAAUUAUUCACAUAUUUAGUUCAUCAUCGAUUUACUAAAAGGUUGAAUCUAUAUUAACUUAUGGAAAAUGCUAAAAUAGCAAUUCCAAAUGCAUAAUUAGAUUUAGAGUCAUUGUUUAAAUUAGCAGACACUGAUGAAGAUGGAUGGAUAAAUUUAGAAGAUUUAGGAAAAACAUUAAAAGAAACAUGUCUAUAAAAAGAAGUACAUCCAAAUCCAAUUAAGGAAUUAUAUAAUUAACUUAAUGGAAAUGUGAAUAUGGACAAUUUUAUCAAUUAGAUGAAUGAUAGAAUAUAAGCAGAAAUGUAAAUAUAUAUAUCAUUUUAAUUUAGUCUCUAUCAUGAAAUUGAUCUAUUUGGAAAAGGAUUCAUAACUUAUUGGGAAAUGUACAAUCAUUAUGAAGAAAUUGAAAAAUUAAUGAUUAAAUGA